AGGUUGUUGCCAUUGAGAAUUUAAGAUACAAAUAUACAAAUGAACGAUCCAAAUUGGGAAAGAUUAGCCAAGCAAUUUAAACGUGUUUCUCAACAAACUCGUUCUGGAGGUAGUGGUGGUAAGAUGCCAAGAUCCCCAUUGGCAAUGUUUAGUGGAAUUGGGGGAUUGGUGUUAUUGGCUGGUGGUACCUUCCUUGUUCAAAAUGCAUUAUUCAAUGUUGAUGGUGGUCAACGUGCCAUUGUCUAUUCCAGAGUUAAUGGUGUUCAAUCACAAAUUUAUCCUGAAGGUACCCAUUUUGUAAUUCCUUGGUUCCAAAGACCAAUCAUAUUUGAUGUUAGAGCCAAACCAAGAGAAAUCGCUUCAUUGACCGGAACCAAGGAUUUACAAAUGGUUAAUAUCACAUGUAGGGUCUUGUUUAAGCCUGAUAUGUUUCAAUUACCCACCAUUUUCAGAACUUUAGGUCUGGAUUAUGAAGAAAAGGUAUUGCCCUCUAUUGUUAACGAGGUUUUAAAAUCCGUUGUUGCCCAAUUCAAUGCUUCUCAAUUAAUUACACAACGUGAAAAGGUUAGUAGAUUAGUCAAGGAAAACUUGAUCCGUCGUGCUUCCAAGUUCAAUAUCUUGUUAGAUGAUGUUUCUUUAACAUUCAUGACCUUCUCUCCUGAAUUCAGUGCUGCUGUUGAAGCCAAGCAAAUCGCUCAACAAGAUGCACAAAGAGCUGCUUUCAUUGUCGAUAAAGCCAUUCAAGAAAAACAACAAUUGGUGGUUAAGGCUAUGGGUGAAGCUAAAUCUGCCGAAUUGAUUGGUGAAGCCAUUAAGAAAUCCAAGGAUUAUGUUGAAUUAAAGAGAUUGGAUACUGCCAAGGAAAUUGCUGCGAUUUUGGCUGCGUCUCCAAAUAAGAUCGUUUUGGAUAAUGACACCUUGUUAUUGAACACAGUUACUGAUAGUCGUAAGUAAUUGUUUAACUUUUUUUAUUGUAAAUAGCUUAUUAAACAUUGAUAGUCAUGUAAAAUAUUGUAAAAAAAAAUGAACUAUUGUUGACGGCUUUUACCGCAAAGACAAGAACAU